CGUGACUACGAACUGUGAACAACUCAGCAAGUGAACUGGACUGUCAACAAGUUGUCGGGUAUAUAAACACAUUCGCUAACAUAACAAGUUAUUCUUUAUUUCAUCUUCAAUAAGAUUUUACCUUUUGGAUAUUAGAAAUCAUGAUUAAUUCACAGUUCAGCAUCGAUUAUUUGACCAGAGUGGUGGACAGCGAGACGGUCCAAAGAGAUUCUGUCUCGAGCGAGGGAGAUAUAGUUGAGACACCAUCUCCAUGCACAAGUGAAAGUGAAAGUAGCUGCAGCGACAGUGCAGAAUCUAUUGCACAGGUUUUGUUAUCAUUAGAUAGAUCGAUCAAGAAUGGCUUAUGUUCUAGUGAUCCAAAUGAGAAACCACCACACUCCUACAUCGCUAUGAUUUCCAUGGCAAUACUCAGUAAACUGGACAAGAAAAUCUUACUGAAUGAUAUCUACCAAUAUAUCAUGGAAAACUUUCCGUUUUACAAUAACAAGGAAAAGGCAUGGAGAAACAGCAUACGACAUAAUCUCUCCCUAAACGAGUGCUUUAUAAAGAAUGGAAGGUCCGAUAAUGGCAAAGGCAAUUAUUGGUCCAUUCAUCCGGCAUGCCUCGACGAUUUUUCGAAAGGAGAUUUUAGACGUCGACAAGCAAGACGAAGAGCAAGGAAAAGUACAGUAAAAUCUGUCAAUGGAUCUCCCAAUGAAAACGACAUCCGGUACAACUUGGGAUAUGUACCUAUGACAUCAUCACAAAUUGGAUUCCAACCCUACUCAAUGAAAGGAUCUCCGAUGCAUUCAACACCACACAAUCCAUACCAAAUUUUCCCGACUCCUGGAUCUACAUUCGGAAUGUCAAGAAAACCUUUCCCGGCAGCCAUGCAGUCGUUUGUUAGUGAUUCAUUGUUUCCUGUUGCACCGUCAGCACCCAUGGGACGAUCAUUUAAUGUACCAUCAACAUACUGUACGUCGUCAUCGUUCAACCCUAGCACGAACCCACCAUUUUAUUCAUCGUGUCAGAUACAGAAAGGGUUUUCUGAAUGGUAGAAAAACGUAUCCCACGUUUUACAAUGUGUGAAUUAAAAUUUUUAAAUUCUUUGAAAGGAGAACAUCUUCAUGUGCAAUGAAACCAAUUUUUAUUACGGUACUGGACAAUUUUGUAUUGCCGUCUGCAGGUUGGAAACAAAUGUUUGUUUUGGGCAACUCGAAGCAAUUUAAUGAACAAUUAUACAAGAAGAACAGCAUUGUCGGUAGUAUACAGAAUGGACUAUAGGAACGUUUUUUUGAAAUAGCGAUUGAAGUCGAAUGGUUUUUUAAAGAAUUUCUCAGGAAAUCAAGGUGGGCAAAGUGGCAGAAAUAUAUAAUAUGGCGCGGUCAUAUAGGAACAUUUGAAUUUUUGUUGUUGAUGUUGAUGUGGAUUUGAUUGAAUAUAAGAUCAAUAAUAUUUCAACAAAUGCCAGAAUAUAUCAUAUUCGGACAGUAUUUAUUUAUCUUUGCUGUAUAUAUCAACAAACUUAAAGAUGAUAGUGCUAAAUUUUAAUAAUUGUAAAUAAAUAUAUAUAUAUAUAGGUGCAAUAAAAUUAUUUUUUAUUA